AUGAAAACUAAAGGUAAACUUACUGCGGCAAUCAAGUCUUUGAAGUUUGUCGUUGGUUAUCUUGACGAAGUCUUCAAUGAUAAAACAUUGGAUGGAUAUAAUGAAGGCCUUGGAAUAACUCCUGACAAUUACAUUAAUUUAGCCACGUUUGGAGUCACCAUUGGGCAUGAAAUGGGGCAUACCAUUCAUUUUUCUUACGAUGCUGUCGAUGAGUUUGGAAUAAAUGAUAACGCAUGGAGCGUAUUGGCAGGUGAACAAUUCGAGCAAACGGAAAAUUGUUCAAUAGAACAAUACUCGAAUUAUUCUACCAAAACAACUGGAGAAAAACUAGACGGUUCAUUCUUUUUGAAAGAAAAUAUUGCCGACAACAUCGGUAUACAAGUUGCUUAUUCGGUCUACCAAGAUUGGGUCAAAAAGUAUGGACCCGAAGCCACUUUUUCUAACUUGCCUUAUAAUUCGAAUCAGUUCUUUUGGCUAUCAUAUGCAACUCAAUUUUGCAGAUCAAAGUCAUUAUUGUCUUCAAUUGAUUGGACCAAUAAGCAUGCUCCACUCGAUAAACGUGUUAUUGGAACGCUCUCAAACAGCCCAGAAUUUUCAAAAGAUUUCAAUUGUUCCUUAGGCUCUAACAUGAAUCCAGUUAAAAAAUGUAGCGUAUUUUGA